UUGGCUGGGAGGAGUUCCCGGAAGUGACGCACGAAGAAGCCCACGUGUGCGAGUCCGACCCACAUGGCGGCGCUCCUGAAGAGGCUUCUUCGGCUCGGGACGCCCCCAGCGGCCCUCGGCCGCUCAGUGGGACGGCGUGAGGCCCGCCUGGGCAUCGAUCCCGGGGCUGCGGUGCGAGUGCGGUUUGCUCCCAGUCCCACAGGCCUAUUGCACCUGGGUGGCCUCCGCACUGCCCUAUACAACUACAUCUUUGCCAAGAAGUACCAGGGAAGCUUUAUCCUGAGGCUGGAAGAUACAGAUCAGAGCCGCCUUGUGCCUGGGGCAGCAGAGAAUAUUGAAGACAUGCUGGAGUGGGCAGGCAUCCCCCCAGAUGAGAGCCCCCGCCGGGGAGGUCCUACUGGACCCUACCAGCAGUCUCAGCGUUUGGCACUGUAUGCCCAGGCCACAGAAGCACUGCUGAAGACUGGAGCUGCCUAUCCCUGUUUCUGCUCACCGCAGCGGCUGGAACUCCUGAAGAAGGAGGCCCUGAGGAACCAUCAGACACCCCGGUAUGACAAUCGGUGCCGGAACCUGAGCCAGGAACAGGUGGCCCAGAAACUGGCCAAGGGUCCCAAACCUGCUAUCCGCUUCCGCCUGGAGGAGGAGGCACCAGCCUUCCAGGACCUAGUGUAUGGCUGGAGCCGGCACGAAGUGGCCAGCGUAGAGGGGGACCCGGUAAUCCUGAAGAGCGAUGGCUUCCCCACGUACCACCUGGCCUGUGUGGUGGACGACCACCACAUGGGCAUCAGCCAUGUGCUGCGAGGCUCUGAGUGGCUCGUCUCCACCUCCAAGCACCUGCUCCUCUACCAGGCCCUGGGCUGGCGGCCACCACGUUUUGCCCACCUUCCCCUACUCCUCAACAGGGAUGGCAGCAAGCUGUCUAAGAGGCAAGGGGACAUUUUCCUGGAGCAUUUUGCUGCAACUGGCUUUCUGCCUGAUGCCCUGCUUGACAUCAUCACCAACUGCGGCUCGGGGUUUGCAGAGAACCAGAUGGGCAGGACCCUGCCAGAGCUGAUAACACAGUUUGACCUGACUCGGAUCACCUGCCACUCAGCCCUGCUGGACCUGGAGAAGCUCCCAGAAUUCAACAGGCUGCACCUCCGACGACUGGUGAGCAGUGAGGCCCAGAGGCACCAUCUGGUGGGACAGCUGCAGGCCCUUGUGGAGGAGGCAUUUGGGAGCCAUCUGCAAGACCGGGAUGUCCUGGACCCAGCCUAUGUGGAGAGGAUCAUCUUGCUGCGACAGGGUCACAUCUGCCGCCUGCAGGAUUUGGUCUCCCCAGCCUACUCCUAUCUGUGGACUCGACCAGCUGUGGGCCGAGCACAGCUGGGUGCCAUCUCAGAGAAGGUGGAUGUGAUCGCGGAGCGCUUGCUGGGGCUUUUGGAAAAAUCUGGUAUGAGCUUAACUCAGGAAGUGCUGAAUGGAGAACUGAAGAAGCUGUCAGAAGGUCUGGAAGACACGAAGCACAGUCACGUGAUGAAGCUCCUCCGAGUGGCCCUCAGUGGACAGUUGCAAGGACCCCCUGUAGCUGAGAUGAUGGUGUCCUUGGGCCCAACAGAAGUGCGGGAACGAAUCCAGAAGGUGCUCUCCAGUUAGGAAGAAGACGUGCAGGACAGUGGAACCUGUAUGCCUGAAAGCUGCCUUAAGAGGAGAGGAAAAGGCGGCCUGGGGCCCACUGGAACAUGGCAGGAACCAGAAGUGGAAACGUGAUCUCCGGCUGCAUACAGUGUAUUUAUACAUUCAGCAUAUUUAUGCUGCAUAGCAGGUCUUCAGUAACUGGCCACGGAAGCCCACCCAUCCCACCUCCUUGACUCUGUGAGGGAUGUUCUUCUGUCUGGUUUCUCAGAUCACUUUACACAACAGAGGUUAGGAGUUGAUUCACAUCCCAGAACAGUCCAGAGGGUUCAGGUGUUAGUUUGCUACAGCCACCACAACAAAAUACCCGAGAACGAGGUGGCUUAAGCAACAGAUUUAUUUUUUCACACAUCUGGAGGCUGGAAGUCCAAGAUAAGAGUUUUCUUUCAGGACCUCUCUUGUUGGCUUGCAGACAGCGUUUCCUCACUGUGUCCUCCCAGAGUCCUUCCACAAAACCCUGGUGUGUCUCUGUGUGUCCUGAUCUCUUCUGAGAAGGAUGCCAGUCAGAUCAGGGCCCACCCUAACAACCUCACUUUAACUUCUUUAAAGGUCCUGUGUCCAAAUGCAUUUCACAUUCCGUGAGUUAUGGCUUCAUGGUAUGAAUUUGAAGGGGACACAGUUCAGCUUUUAACAGCUUGGCAGCAGUCUGGACUCAAGGAUCUCACUUUCUGGUGCAGUUUGGAGUUGGAACAAUGAUAGACAAUAGAAGCUGGGUUGGGCUGGAUGUCAGGCUUCAUUUGAGGUUGAAAUGGGAGAAGUUACUCAUGUGCCAAGAGUAAGCACUUGUGUUUUAUGCUACUUUUGUCCUUGAACCUUGGGACAGCCUGUGACUCGUUUCUCUGAAGGUCAUGUUUCUAUUCUCCAGAUCCCAUCCUUAGACUGGAGACCUUCACCCUGCCAUUUUGUCUUUUUUUUUUUCCACAUUCACCCCUUCCGACAUUCCUUGUAAGUCAUUGUCUGCAGAUUUCCAAAAUGAGAUUUCUUCUUCAAGUGUUUUUUUUUUUUUCCCCCCGGUGGUGCUGGGAAUCGAACCCAUGGCCUUGUACUUGCAAGGCAAGCACUUUGCCAACUGAGCUAUCUCCCAGCCCCUGAGAUUUCUUCUUGAGGUCUUAGGUGACUCAGAGUAGCUAAAAUGAUAGGAGGAUGGUGCCUGGGCACAGUACCCUUGCAAGGCUUCUAGGCUUCCCCCGUGGGCUGCCAGGCUGGAAGGUGGCCCCAGUGAACUCUGCCUCUCAGUACUCACACCCUUGUGUGGUUCCUUUCCACCCUGAGUGGUGCUGGCUUGUAUAACCGUUAGGCUGUUGGGGAAAUGACACAGCUUGACUUCUGAGGCUGGGUCAUAAAGUACAGAGUGGCUUCCAUCUUGUCUUGAAUCCCUUACUUGUGGGAAAGCCGGCUUCCACGUCAUGAAGACAGUCAAGCAGCCCUGUGGAUGGGUCCUGCCAACAGCCUUGUGGGCGAGCCACUGGUCUUCCACCCCAACCAAGCAUUCAGUGACUGCAGUCCUGGCCAACAUCUUGACUGCAACGUUCAGGAAAGGCUCAGAGCCAGAACAUGUCAGUGAUGCUGGCCUGGGAUUUCAGACCUGCACAAAUUGUGAGAUAGCAAAUGUUUAUUGUUUAAAACCACUUGGGCUGGGGCUGAUUCAUUACCCAAUAAUAGAUAACUACCUUAUUCUUUGCCCAGGGAAGUAGGGAAAGGAGAUUAAAGAGGUUGUUGAGGGCUGGGAAUAUAGCUCAGUUGGUAGAGUGCUUGCCUUGCAAGCACAAGGCCCUGGGUUCAAAUCCCCAGCACCGCCAAAAAAAAAAAAAAAAAAAAAGUUUGUUGAGCCUCAUAGAGUCCUAAUGUUUGUGUAAAAGUACACCAGAUAAAGUUCCUUGGUUGCAAGCAAUAGAAACCAAAUCUGCCUAACUAAAGAAGUUCAUUGGAGACUGAGAGAGCCAAUUAAUCUAUGGAAAAGUGAAAGAACCAGACCUUGGGAAAGAUGAAGCAGGUAUCAGGAGCUUGUGGCCAGUCUUGUCUCAAUUCUUCAGUAGGGACACCUGAGCUAGUUAUUUUUGUUGUUGUUUAUUUAUGUGUUUUCCCCUUAAGUUUUGGAUGGCUGAGCUAAAGAUUGAGAUUCUGAAUCUGUCCAGUUAGCUAAGUGAGAUCAUGUUGUUGUUCUUAGCCAGGACUAGGUAGUCCCACAGGGAUCAUAGCUCCUGGAGGAAAAGUUGUUCCCAAGAAAAUCUUGGGAGCUUGUUCCAGAAGGAGUAAUGGCAGAAACAACAGGUGUUGACCACAGAAGGGGGACACAGAAUAAGAACAGUACUUGUGAUAUAUUGACGUCUUAUGUAUCCGCCUCCAUCAGUUGUGUUUCUGAUUGUGCUGGCAAAUGCUGUAACCAUCAUCUCAUUAAAACUUCACAGCCCCAGGAGAAAGGUACUGUUUUUGUUCUGUGCUACACAUAUUGAAACUGAGGCUCUGAAAAGUUAAGUAACACUUGAGGCUAUGGAAUGAGGCAGAAGCAGGCUGAACCAGGAGUUUGAGACCAGCUUGGGUAACAUGAUGAGAUGCACUUCUCAAAAAAAAAAAAAAAAAAAAAAACUUAGGUCUAUGACAAUCCAGAAUCUCAGCCCGACUACCAA